GCCUUGGGUCCGGUCGCAAAGAUGGCGUCCUCCGCCUCGGCUCGGCCUUCGGCCGGGAAGCGAGUGGUGAAUCAGGAUGAAUUGCGGCGGUUGAUGAGGGAGAAGCAGCGUCAGAGCACCAACCGGAAACGGAUAGACUCUCCACUUGCGAAGUACAACCGUUUGGGACAGCUGAGUUGUGCCCUGUGUAACACCCCGGUUAAGAGCGAGCUGCUGUGGCAGACUCACGUCCUGGGAAAGCAACACCGAGAGAAAGUAGCCGGGCUGAAAGGUGCGAAGGAAGCCCCCCAGGGCCCAUCAACCAGUGCAGUGCCGCAGUCCACCAAGAGGAAGGCGCCGGACGCAGAGAGCCACGAUGCCAAAAGAGCGAAGGGAGCCUUGGUGCCUCAGGGACAGCCCUCCACGUCCGCUUUGCCCACCAACGUUGACAAAGCAGGGAAGGAGUCCACUAAAGCGACCCUCGGUAAGCCUUCGGGACUCGGUUUAAUCCCUGAUUAUGAAGAUGAAGAGGAGGAGAAGGAGGGAGAGGAGGAGGAAGAGGAGGCGGAGGUGGAAGGAGGAGAAAAGAAACCGGGGGACGCCAGCAAGCAGCCGCCUGACGCACAGAGCAAGGAACACGCACAUUCUUCCUCCCGGGAGGCAACAGGUAUGCUGCCAAGUGAUUUCUCGAAUACAAAUCCUCCCAAGGCCCCUUUAAUUCCUCAUUCAGGGUCAAUUGAGAAAGCAGAAAUACAUGAAAAAGUAGUGGAAAGGAAAGAGAACACCGCGGAAGCAUUACCCGAAGGUUUUUUUGACGACCCUGAGAUAGAUGCGAAAGUACGAAAGGUUGAUGCCCCGAAGGAUCAGAUGGACAAAGAGUGGGACGAAUUUCAAAAAGCCAUGAGACAGGUCAACACCAUUUCCGAAGCCAUAGUUGCUGAAGAGGAUGAGGAGGGACGGUUGGACCGGCAGAUUGGGGAGAUCGAUGAGCAGAUAGAGUGUUACCGGCGGGUGGAGAACCUGCGGAAUCGCCAGGAUGAAAUAAAAAAUAAACUUAAAGAGGUUCUGACCAUAAAAGAACUGCAGAAAAAGGAAGAAGAGAAUGUUGACAGCGACGAUGAGGGGGAACUGCAGGAUUUAUUGUCUCAGGAUUGGAGGGUGAAAGGGGCUUUGUUAUAGGGUUUCAAGGACCCAAGAUUUCUAACACUGCGAUUCUAUAAAAGUGUUUUUUCUGUUGGUUACUCCAUGCCUGGUGGUUUGAUAACCUGACUGGGUUGUUGUGGUGCAAUGAGCACUUUGGAAAAUUCGUGUAAAAUAUUUCUGAGGUAAAGUUGUUUUGAAAUUUUUGAAGUA